AUGAAUCACAAAGAAAAUGACGUUGAAUACGAAGAGAACGAGUUGAACUCGAUACAAUUCAACAAUCCUCUCAAUAUUAGCUCUGAAAAUGAUCAUUCGUAUCUCCUCAGCAGCGAUAGCGCCGACCUCGAUGAUAAACUCAAUCAAAAGUUAAUUAAGAGCACACAAACUCCAACAAAUAAUGAUAAAGGUAAAGCCCUUGUCAGUAAUGAACGAUCACGCACAAACGAUUUCAAUCUUUUUUCACAAGAAAGCUGCAAUAGCGAGCAACAAGAUAAUCAUUUCAACACAAUUGCAUCCACCGCUUUAACCAAACAACUUUCCGCUGAUUCAACCAACUCUUCAACCUUUGAUUUGAGUUAG